GAUGGUGCCCUCUAAUGUGGUGCUAGAGGGGGAGAACGACGCCGACUUCAGGGUACACCUACGUGUGGAGGUUAGGGACAGCGUCUAUACGAGACCCCAUGUGUUCCACCCCGACAUUAAGAUCAACACGAGCGACCCCAAGAACCCCCAGUUCGAGCACCCCGUCAUCGAGUUUGUCAACGGUUCCCUGCCCUACGGCAUGGAGUUUGUCGUCAUCCACACCAACGCCUUCUACGUCAACGAGGACCGCUACAUCUGCGUCAACGACCUGCAGAGCCUGGAGGAUGAGAACCGGAUACACUUCGACCCCGUCAACUCAACAAAAAGGAUUCACUUUGAAGUGAUCCUGAAGGACAAACUAGCAGAGACCCACUACGUGUCCAACCAGCUCCCCUUCGUGGUGGAGAUCGAGUACCCCGUGAGGGAGGCGCACCCCAAGGCGGCGCUGUUUGCUGGGGUGCUGGUACUCAUCAUACUGGCCGUGUCGCUGCUCAUCCCAUUCGUCGUCCGCGCCAAACGGAGGUCUAAGGCCGGCAAACCCAUCUUUGGCUGCGGCUCAGCGGAGGAGGGUGGGGAUACGGAGAGUAACGGCAUCAUCCCAGACCACGGCAAGCAGAGGGUCAUGUCCAUUGGCGGCAAGGAGAACUUGGCUAUGAUACUGGACAACGGUCGCUAUAUGCACCAGAGGCCCAGCGUGGACCAAAACACGACCAUCCAGAACCGGAUGUUGAGAUCCACAUCCAGCAUGGUGUUCCAGCCCCACUGGAUGGACCCCCACUACAGCGACGUCUACGAGAGACCAGACUACAGCCACAUGCCCGCCCACAUGCCCGCCCACAUGCCCGGCCAUAUGCCCACCCAUAUGUCCCUGCACAUGCCCCUACAGGGCCCGAGGGUGUCUCAAGACGGGAGCGACAGCACCAGUAGCGACACCUACCCCCCCAACUUCAACACCAACCUCCACACGCGGACAGGCGACACCAGCACCGGCCGCACGGCCAACGGUGACGUCACUACAGACGCCGGUGCAGACGACACGGAUAAAGUUCGCGACGAGAAGUUGUGACGUAGCGGAGGUCUAAACUCUCAGCCCGGUACCAGCUGUUGAGCAAGUGACGACAAUGUAACUGUCUAUAAUAAACUUCUGACCAACUGACGACAAUGUAACUGUCUAUAAUAAACUUCCGACCAACUGACGACAAUGUAAUUGUCUAUAAUCAAUUUCUGACCAACUGACGACAAUGUAACUGUCUAUAUCGAUCCAUCCUACCGGCGAACAAAAAAUGGCGUCCUUGACUAAAGAUGACCUACUUUUAACGGACAUUUUAUGUGAUGAUUUGGGGAGUUAACUUAAAACCUAAAUGAGUCAUAUAAAAAUACGAAUCGAGGGGAGGGGGGGGGGGGGGGAAGGCAACUUAUAAUGGAAAGAAAACAUGAACAAAAUUGUGUUGUAACAUUCAGAUUUACAACUUGCAACUUUUGAUCGCUGACUAAUUGGUUUGACGUUUAUUGAUCACGUUUUACCUCCCAAGAUCCAUUUCAAACGACUUUUGCCCAACACGAUGUAGAAUAUGACGUCACUCCCCUAACUUAGGCCAAGCUACACUGGACUAGCGUUUGCCCUACAAUGCUGUAAAUAGCUCUACGACUGUGAUUUCAACAAAAUUCUGAAUGAAAUUUUGAAACUGUUGCAAUAUUUCAUUCCAGAGACACUGUGAUGAAAAAAAAGUGAAUUCUUUUUGUACAAACAAUGUAGCCACGCCCACUUUAUUCCCCGUGGGUGGUGGGGCUAGGACGGGGAGUUUAUUUAUGGAUUUUACACUUCAUGCUUAAUUAAAUGGAGCAAUUAUUAAUGAUGUAAUUAUAAUUGAUGCAAUUAUAAAUGAUACAAUUGUAAAUAAAGUAAUAAUUAUUACUGUCAGUUUAUUCAUGUACAUUGAACUGAUUUGAUUGAAGCAUUUUAUUCCCCUUGAUUGGCCAUACAUGUAAUUGUAAGCUGAGUCAUUAAUUAUCCUAGAUCAGUUUCAUUUGAAGCGAAAAAAAAUUUU